CGUGGCCCACUGAAUGAAUGCGUUGUCGUCAUCGUCGGCAUAACCAUGUAACGGUACAGUACACCACCUCGCUCUCUCUCUCCCUCUCUAUAUUUCCCUCUAAUUGCGCACGUGACAAUUAACCAGCGAACUCCAUGGAAAUGAACUUCUAGGAAGCUUUCAAACUCUCCCAACCAAAUAAAACGAUCAAGGACAGCCCUCAAAUCCCUCCGAACAACAAGCUUAAUCAAUCUCUCUCUCUCUCUCUCUCUCUCUCUCUCUCUCUCUCUCUCUGUGGGCUGUGAUGGCGGACAAGGCGUUUCAUCUCCUGCAAGCUCUCGAGCCAAGGAGGGAUGCCUAUGGAUUUGCUUUGAGACCUCAGCACAUACAAACAUACAGACAGUACGCUGAUAUCUUCAAGGAGGAGGAAGAAGAAAGAUCAGACCGAUGGAAGAACUUCCUUGAACAACUAAGCACGUCUGCUCGACCUUGCUCCCCUGGAGAGGAAGAUAAAGAGGUAUUGCAUGCUGACGCUACUCAGGAGGGGGUAGAGACAAUUCCAGAGAGGCUUGGAGAAGGGAAUGAUUCAAGUGACAAGCAAUCUAUUUCUGAUGGUUCAUCAGCAAGUGAUCACAAAAGGGAGGUACAGCAAACAUGGGCUCACAUUAGGUUAUCCCUUGGUGCCAUAGAAGAUAUGAUGAGUUCUCGUGUUAAGAAAAAGACACAAAAUAUGGAACAUGAGCAGAUACCCAUGGGUGAAGUCCAUCUUCCAUCAAUAGAAGAGGAAGGAUCUUCAAACGCUUCUGAGAAGGACUUUGAGGUAGAGGUUUGUUUAAAUGCUUUGAAUGACCGUGUGAAUGAAGACACUGUAGAAAAUGCUGUUGGUGAUGGGGUCUCUAACAGUGUUAAUGUUGCUGUGGUAGAGGAAACUGUAUGUGAUGGUUUCUCUGAUAGUGUUGAUGCUAAAGAGAAUUCCAUGGGUGAUAGUGUAUCUGAUAGUGUGGAUGCUGCUGUGGUAGAGAAGACAGUGGGUGGUAGUGCCUCUGAUAUUGUGGAUGCUGAUGUGGUAGGGAAGACCCUAGGUGAUGGUGUCUCCAAUAGUGUGGAUACUGCUGUGGUAGAGAAAACCAUGGGUGGUAAUGUCUCUGACAGUGUGGAUGCUACUUCCAGGCCAGAACAGGCUGUGGGUGAUAUGGUUGCGGACUGUGUGAAUGCUAAGGGGGAAGAAAAGGCUGUGGCAGACAGGUUCAAUGAUACUGUAAAUGUUGCAGGGGCAGAAAAAGCUGUGGAUGAUGGGUUUACUUCUAAGCCUUGCUUUCCUUGGAGAGAAGAGCUGGAGUGCCUUGUUCGAGGAGGAGUGCCAAAGGAUCUCAGAGGAGAGGUAUGGCAAGCUUUUGUUGGUGUGAAGGCACGUAGGGUGGAGAGAUAUUACCAUGAUUUGCUGGCACACACUGGUGAAAGCAAGGAUGACGACUCAUCUGGUGUACCCAGAAAAUGGAAAAGGCAGAUUGAGAAGGAUAUACCACGUACAUUUCCAGGUCAUCCUGCUUUGGAUGAAAAUGGCAGAAAUUCAUUGAGGCGUUUGCUUUUAGCUUAUGCUCGUCAUAACCCCUCAGUUGGUUACUGUCAGGCGAUGAAUUUUUUUGCAGGUAUAUUGCUACUUCUGAUGCCUGAAGAAAAUGCCUUUUGGGCUUUGGUUGGUUUGAUUGAUGACUACUUUGAUGGCUAUUACACUGAGGAAAUGAUAGAAUCUCAGGUGGACCAACUAGUUUUUGAGGAAUUGAUGCGAGAAAGAUUUCCAAAAUUGGUUAAUCAUCUGGAUUACUUGGGAGUGCAGGUGGCGUGGCUAUCUGGACCUUGGUUCCUUUCAAUUUUUGUGAAUAUGCUUCCAUGGGAAAGUGUUCUCCGAGUUUGGGAUGUGCUUCUGUAUGAAGGAAAUCGUGUUAUGCUAUUUCGAACUGCACUAGCAUUAAUGGAAUUAUAUGGUCCUGUGUUAGUUACAACUAAAGAUGCAGGGGAUGCCAUUACUUUGUUACAAUCCCUUGCAGGGUCAACAUUUGAUAGCAGCCAGCUGGUUUUGACUGCAUGUAUGGGUUUUAUUGGUGUAACUGAAGCUAGAUUGCAAGAGCUGAGAGAUAAGCAUCGGUCAGCUAUAUUAAUGGUAGUUGAAGAAAGAUCAAAAAGGGGUCGAGUUUGGAAGGACUCCAAAGGGCUUGCAUCUAAGCUUUAUAGCUUCAAGCAUGACCGUGGAUCACUGGCAGAAGAGAAAAAGACUACUGAAGGAAGUGAUGUGCUUGCAAAAGGAGAUGAAUCUCACUCAGAGCCUCACUCUUCAAAUCUUGAUGAUUUACUUGACAGUUUAACUAUUGAUCCAGAAGUAGAUUCAUUACCAGAUCUUCAAGAACAGGUGGUUUGGAUGAAGGUUGAGUUGUGCAGGUUGCUUGAGGAGAAAAGAUCUGCUGUAAUGAGAGCUGAGGAGCUGGAGACAGCACUUAUGGAGAUGGUCAAGGAAGAUAAUCGACGAGAACUGAGUGCAAGGAUUGAGCAGUUGGAGCUAGAGGUAUCUGAGCUACAACAAACCCUUGCUGAUAAGAAAGAACAAGAAGCUGCAAUGCUUAAGGUCUUGAUGAGGGUAGAGCACGAGCAAAAGGUAACUGAAGAUGCUCGAAUAAGUGCUGAGCAAAUUGCAGCCGCUCAGAAGUAUGAAGUCCAUGUUCUCCAGGAAAAAUAUGAGAAGGCUAUGGCUUCGGUUGCUGAAAUGGAAAAGAGGGUGGUUAUGGCAGAAUCAAUGCUAGAGGCUACAUUGCAAUACCAAUCCGGUCAAGUCAAAGCUCAAUCUUCUCCUCGGGGAACGCGAAAUCAAGGACCCACAAACGAGAACCCAAAAAGGACAGGUCUUCUGUCAUUUGGACUUGGAUGGCGAGACAGAAAUAAGGGUGAAAGUAAGUCAACCAAUGGGCAUGAUGAAAGCAAGUCGACCAAUGAGUCUGGUGAAAGUAAGUCAACCAGUGAUUCUGGUAAAACUAAGCAGACCAGCGAAGGAAAUCAGUGAGCAGAAACAAUAUUCCAACCUAGUAUUUGUUGGUUUAUCACUACCUUUUAUUUUUGUACUACUAAUAUACCCGUGGCCGAGUAAGCCAUGAAUUUGUACCGUUGUCAACUCAAAUAGCUGAGAAUUGUUUCUCUCUUUCCCCCGGCUCCCUUUCCAAUUUCUUUUGACAUUCAAAUUGUAAAGCAUGUUCAGUUAUAUUGUUUAUUAAUAAUUCUUUUUUAUAGUAAUUUUUGUUUGACGAUUUA